GAAGUUUGGUUUAGCGAGUAUAUUUUUAUUGGCGUUGUUUUCGAAACAGUAAUGUCAUGCGCAUGCGCUAAUCUGUCAUUUCCGCCCAUGCGCAAAUUCGACAGUUUCGAAAGCUCCCCUAACCUGUAAUAUCUGUAUGUGUAUUCUUGUAUAAACAAACAUUGAUAAUUUUAUCUAAUUUUCAACAAAUUCAAUUUACAGAAGUCGGAUAUUUUCUUAGGAAGAAGAAUUAUAUAUGAUUACACACAAUCUAAUAGGAGCAAGAUGAAUAUCCCACCAAUUCAACAGCAGGGAGCUAUGGGAGUAGGACAAAUGGGACAGUCAGUAAAUUCUCAAAUGUCUCAGAAUCAACAGCAGGCGCAACAGCAGCAGCAGCAACAACAACAAGUCCAACAGCAGCAGCAACAACAAGUCCAACAGCAGCAGCAACAGCAAACCCAAGAUAAGCUGGAUAACAUAUCUAAAGUGAAAUCCUUGGUUGGACCUUUGAGAGAAUCUCUAGGCAUAGCUCUCAAAACCGCGGCACAUACGUUACAUCAAAAUAGUUUGGUCGAUGUGGGAUCCAUGAAGGGUAUAGAUCAGCCUGAUCAUCGAUUCAACAAGCAUAUGGAAGAGUUUUACUCCAUCUGUGAUCAAAUAGAACUGCAUCUGAAAACCUCCGUGGAGUGUCUGUCGCAGAAUAAUAGCUCGCUUCGAUAUCUACCAAUGUCUGUUAUAACAAAUCGUACUGACACAGUGAGUACGCAAGAGGGACCAGCCCUAUCUUAUCCACAGUUCUUGAUGACUGUGCGCGCACAAGGGGCGUAUGCACGAGAUAUUCACGACGCUCUCAUGUCUCACGCUCGUGCAAUAUCGUCUGGAGAACAACCUUAAUUCUAUGAACUUGUUUAGAGAAAAAUGUUUUAAAUGCUCAGGAAAAUAUAAAACAUAGGGGAAAUAAAGUGUAAUGAUUGUAAUUACGUGCUAAUUUAUAAAUAUAAGUUUUUUGAAAUAUAUAAGUAUUGCUAUUAAUAAAAUAUUUAAAUUGUAAAAUAUAUAUUUUUAUUUUAUAAUUAAUAUAUAGUAUAUAUAUAUAUAUAUAUAUAUGU